AUGCCAAUUUUAUUUUCAUCCCUCGUUAAAAAACCAACAAAAUGCUUCUUCAAUUCUUUCAAAAUUCAUUCUUCUUUCUUCUCUUUCUUCCCUUCAUUUUUGAUUAUUUUUUAUUGUUUAAAACCGGUGACAUCUCUUACAAUGUUACAUCAACAACAACAGCAGCAACAACAAAAACCAAAAUUUCGGUUACAGCUUGAAGAUGUUGGCAAUCCUCAGCCUUGCCCCGACAACCCUAUUCGUCUGAUAGCAUCACGUACACCUCAAUAUAUUUAUUCGCCAUAUGAUGAAAAUAAACUAUACCCUCCCGAUACUGAUUGUCAAUUUCUCAUCGAGGUGUGUUUUUUAAACAAAAAAUUUAUUAAUUUAAAAUUAAAGGCUACAGACAAAUUUCAUAGAAUACAUUUGACAAUAAUAGAAAGUGAUUUAGAAGAAGCUUUAUUUACAGAUUGUAAUGAUUAUGUUAGUGUUAGGGAUAGAGAAGGAAACGAAACUAGCAUUAAAGAAGUUGCCCGUUGGUGCGGACAAGAUUAUCCCGCUGCUAUAGCAAGUGCCAGUGAUUCAUUGCUUGUUCACUUUCACUCAGAUUCAAUAAUACAAAAACGUGGAUUUAACAUUUCUUUUGUUCAAUUUGACAUUGAUACAUGCCCUCCCGAUUGGAUUUCUGAUGGAAUAUCAUCCCCAUAUUGUUAUAAACAAUUUGUUUUACCUCAUAUUUUGCCUUGGUAUGAGGCCCAGAAAGAAUGUAAUUUUGAAAGGGCAAAUUUGGCAACAUUUCAGAAUGAAGCGGAUUAUGCUUUUAUUGUUGAAUCCUACUCCCAAACCCAUUCUUUCCCUUGGGUUGGCUAUUCUGAUGCAAAUGUUGAAGGGAUUUAUGAAUCUAUUGACAGAAAUGUGCCUCUUUGGCCGGAGAAUUUUCCUUUAAAACACGAAAAUGAAAUGAAGGAUUGUGUUUAUCUUGACUGGAAUAAACGAGAUCAAAUAGUGGUAUAUGAAAUUGACGAUUGUCGCAAUAGAAGGCCAUUCUUGUGCAAAAAGAGGAGAGACGGUACAGAAGUUCCAGUCGUCUUACCAGCAGGGAUGAUACGUCGCGGCUUUCGCGAUUUUACCAUGGAUUAUACACUUUUGGUUGUAGUUGUGAUAUUUGCUUUGUUAGCAUUAGUAGUUGGAUGUGUUUUAUUUCACAAAUACAAGGAACGUAACAACCGAAUAAUUAAUAUAGACAUGAAUCAACGUCUAGUUCAACAACAACAAGGGCAACAACCAGGAAAUAAGGAUAAAGCUGCCGCGGCUUUAGCAAGGCAAAAAGCUAAGGAGAGGGAACGGCGGGAAUUAAGAGAACAAAAAUAUGCUGAAACUAGUAAUAACAACAGCAAUAGAGGUGGGAGAGGAGGAGGAGGAGGGAUUGCUACAACAAAAUCCCCGUUUGAAUCCCAAGACAGUAAUGCUUCAUUUCCUCUACAAACAUUCCAAUCAACCUUUGCCCAAAGAAUGACAACUACAACAACUACGGGGAAUGUGGAACCUUUAGAUACUGCAGCAGCUUUAGCUGAAGCUUCUGCUACUGCUAGUCAACAAAUGAGGGAACAUGAGGCCACUAAACUUCACCCACAACAACUUUCAGCAGAAAUUGCAUCUGUUGAUUCCCCACCCGAGGAUGAUCUCAACUCUUCUCCUCGUAUCAGAAUGAGUCCAAAUCAGCCUUCUUUUGUUGAGGAGGGAAGGAAAAUUUCUGAGAAAAAAAUAAGAAAAGGAUGGAUGGGUGCUGGUGUAAGUGGUGGGGGAACAACUGAUAGGGAAGAAGAGGAAGAAGAAAAAGAUAGACACAAUAUGGGGUAUGAACCUGAUUCUGAAGAAGAGGAACACGAAGAAAAGGAAAGACAAAAAAUAAGGAGAGCAAGUAAAAUAAAUGGUGAAGGGGAGGGAGAAGAUAAUUUUUUGAUGGAAUUGAAUGAUGAGGGAGGAAGGAAAAAUACUGGAGAAAAUACUGGAGAAAAUAAUGGAGAAAACGAGGAGUUGGAGCAGUACACGCAACACAACCACAUGGACGAGGAGUUGGAGCAGUACAACGGAGGAGGGGAACAAUUUAAACAGUAUAAACACAAAAAUGUUAUAGAAUCAGAACAAUAUGUUAAUAGCCAACAAUUUAAACAAUUAGAGUCUGAUGAUGGAGGAGAGAUUCAACAAAAAGUAGUUCAAGUAGAACUGCAUGGAGAAAAUGGGGAAGGGGGAUUGAGCCAAUUUAAAGAUAAGAGGACAAAAGAGGAAAGAAUUAAUAAUUUUGAUGAGAAAAUGAUGGAUAGUUAUGCCAUUGGAGAUCAUUUCAAGGCUGCAAAGGUGGCAACGUCAGCAAUAGCUUCAGCAGCCAUAGCAGCCACCGAACAUCCAGUUCGACCACCUAUUGAAUUAAUGAGAACUACUAGAACAACAUCUACGGAUAAAACUAAAACACCCCCACCAAAAGAAGCAAAAGAGAGUGAAAAAAUAGGGGAAUCCGGAAAAAGCUCUAGAGAAGCAACAAGAGAAGGAAAAGAAGAAAAGGGAGAGGAAAAAGAAACUUUUCCGGAAAAAGUUUCCGGAAAGGGUAAUAUUCCUUCUAGUACAGCAAAUCUAGUAAAAACAGAGGGAGAAGGAGGAACAAGAAUUCGAAUAAAAAGAAAAACUUUUGAUCGUCCUCCCCCAGUUGGCCCUUUAGAUAACGUUUCAGCAAUAUCGUUAGAUGAAUUUUGGCAACAACAAAAAUAA